ACUUCUUUUAAAUUCUGAAAAAAAUAAAGCGCGUGCAUUAAAGAUUACCUUCACCUUUGACGUUUCGCGGGAAAAAUGAAAACAGCUGAUUAAGGUAAGAACAGCACUGGCAUUAUGGAAGUGAUUGUGUGGGUCAGUGUUGGAACAUGUGUCUCACUGGUCACCAUUUUACUUGGAUGCUUGAGAUGCAAACGUAAACUUUCAGAUGAAGAAAUUCAGCAGAAAUAUUUCAAAAAGUUCAGCAAACGUCACAUAGUAUGGGAUACAUUCCUGUCCAGCAGAGUAGACUAUGUUAGAUCUGUGGCAGAGGGAAAACCCACCUCUGGUGUAAAUAGUAGAAAUGAUUACACCUAUGAGGAAAUGUCUACACCUCCUGUACCCCACCCACCAGUUAUCCAGGUGCAGGAACCAUCACCUCUACCCAGCAGUGACUACAGUUUCUUUGAUGAUUCAUUUCAAACAGUGAUAGAGGCAUCAAGCAGUAAUAUGUCAAGUAUGAAUACUGGUUUGAACAAACUUCUAGCUGCACCGAAGGACCAGCAUGCCUCCUACAUCAGUCUACAGAACAGCAAUUCAAUGGUCUGCCUUACAUCCGGUAGAGUGGUAGAUCAGAUAGUUUCCCAAGAUGAAGGGGAGGUAAAUGCAGCUUUUUCUGAUUGUUCCGAUAGCUCUGCUGGUAACUCAGGAUCAACUUAUUCUCUCAGUGACCCGUAUGUAAUUCCCAGUGUUGGACCAAAGAUCCAAAUAAUUCAACCUAGUGUGAAAAGAAAGUUUAGUGAACAUGUCCCUGUGAUUAACUUUGAAGCAGGUGCAUCAGAUGAGCUACAGCUGCAGGUGGGAACUUUACAAAGAAAGUCUCCAAAGGAAAUUAGCAAAAUCAGUGUUGAAAGUUGCUCUGGGGAGAAUAUCCAAACUACUGUUGGUGAAGAAAUUGAUACAUGUGAUAAAAGAUUUAAUGGUAAGAGUUUUAAUGAGAAAGAACCGCAGAUUAGUGAGAAAUCAGAAGAGUUAAAACAAAAGAAUUUGCUGAAGUUGGCAAUAGAGGGUCCUGUUUACGAUGAAAGAAGGCUGUCUUCAUCCGAAAGUACCAAAUAUGAGACAUUACGGAGUUCAAAAACUGAACAGUACAUUUAUAAAUCCUUAAAUAAAACUGCCCUGGUAUUACCAGGUAGGCCACGAAUGUGUUCUCCAGUUGUGACUCCUGCAAGAUCAAAGCAACAAGAACGUGCAAGACUACCGUCCCCAGUAAUGUCAAAGUCUAGAAAAACAUCAUCGAUAAGUUCAAGACACUCUGAUUACACAUAUGAUAGUGCAAGUUCAAGAAUGAUCUCUGAUCAAACAUAUCACAACACAGACACAAGAACAAGGUCUGAUCACACUUAUGAUAGUAUUACUUGUGAACUCGCCAGUGAAAUUAACAGGAGAGAUUCGCUGGCAAGUGUUGAAAAUGAAGAUGACAACAGAUACAGUAGUUACACACCUCAUGAUAAGAUUUUAAAAAUACCAGCACAGAGAGGCAGUUACACAGAUGAACAAAAUAUUGCGAGUCCUGAGCAUACGUAUGAAAGUAUCAGUUCACCAAUGCCUAUUGUUGACAAAACUGAAGCAGCCUGUGAAAACUCGGCAGUAAUCAUUGGUCGAAGGGUGUCCAAUCCGUUUGAUUCAAAUAAGUUCUCAAAGAGAAUGAUAAACAAGAAAAAAUUAAAAAAUUUAAAAGACAAUGCAAACCAGCCUGGUAAAAUGGUGCAUAGAGACAGUGAAGAGAGAUACAGUCCAUUCCCAGUCACUACAAAGCUUGCUUUUAAAUCCGCUUUUAAACAAGUGUCCUCUCCAAGGUUCUCUAUGAUGAAGACAGUUACAGGUAAUGGAACCAGUCAAUUAGUGAACCAACCUGAAAUAUGUCUCGAUAAUCUAAAUAUUAAAACGCCUGAAAUUAAAGUUGACAACUGUCCACAAUUCUUUGACAAUACUGCUUUCAUUUCUCCAAAUGUGCUCACCACCAAUACAGUAACUAAAGGUGACUGUCAGAACAACACAUUAGAUUUUAUCUUGCCAAAGUAUACAUAUGACACUUUUGAUAACCGUAUUCAUUCAAAAGUGAGUAGUACAAACUUAAAAUCAAGCCUUACAGAAAAACAUUUGUAUCACAAGAAAAGUUUACCAUCAUUGUCAGAUCAUUUAGAAGAUGAAAUCAUAAAGCAUUGUAAUGCAAACAUGUAUACCAGGUCGACACCAUGUGACCUCGAUGUACAGAAUUGUAAUUUCUUCUGAUAUAUGGCUGACUCUUCAAUCUAGAAGUCUGCAUUGCUCAUGGGCAGUGGAUAACCCUGAUUGAUUAUGUACAAUAUCUUGAAAACAGGAAGUUUUCAAAGAUAGGGUAUUUUUAGCUCGCUUGGGGGUGCUCAGGGUGAGCUAUUGUGAUUGUCCUGUGUCUGUGGUCAACAGUUUGACUGUUAACGCUCUAGAGGUCACAAUCUUAAUGAAACUUGGUUGGAGUGUUGCCCUCAAUAAAAUCUCUGAUGAGUUUAUUAUUGGUCAUCUGGUGAAAGGAAACCUUGUUAACACUUUAGAUCAAACAUUUUCUAUUUGUCUUCAUGAAAUUUUUUAUGAAUGUUUAUCUGUAUGAAUCUAGGUCAAAUUUGAAACUAGUUAACUGGAGGUCAAAUACUAGGUCACUAGGUCAUAUUAUAGAAAAAUCUUGUUAGCACUCUAGAAGCCAAAUGUUCUAUAUCAUCUCCAUAAAAAAUGUGUUAGAAUGUUUUUCUCUAUAAUAAAAAUAGGUCAAGAUCAAAACUGUGUUACCUGAGGUAUUAAACUAGGUCAGUAGGUCAAAUCAUAGAAAAGCCUUCAUAACACCAUAGAUAUCACAUUUUCUACUUUUUCACCAUAAAACUUGUCAGAAUGUUUGUCUCUAUGAAGUCUAGUUAAAGUUCAUAAUUGGUUAACAUAAGCCACUAGGCUGAAUCAUUGAAACCUUGUUAACACAUAUUUGAUCUUUGUAAAAAAUGUCUGAAAAUGUCUCUAUGAAAUAUAGGUCAAGUUCAAAACUGGAUUACCCAAGAACUUGGUUACUAUGUCAAAUCAUAGACAAACAUUUAUACUAACACUAAAUGCCACACUUUCUACUUGAUGUCAUAAAUUUUGUUAGAAUAUCUCUAAAUGGGUUACUGUCAAUAUAAAUUUCAUAGAAAAACAUUAACACACUAGAAGCCACAUUUUCUACUUAAUCAUCAUAGAACUGUCAGAAUGUUUGUCUCUUUGACAGCUAGGUAAAAUCUAAAGCUUGGUUACCCAAGAUCAUUAACUAGAUCACUAGAUCUGAUCAGAACAACAUUUUUAAUACACUAGAUCUCACAUUUUCCAUUUGAUCAUUAUAAAUCUUUUUCCGAUUGGCUUUCAGUAGGACAUCUUGGGUCAUCUUGAGUCAAAAGCAGUCACUGUGUUAAAUCAUGAAAAAGACCUUGUUUACACUCUAGAGUUCAUUUUUUUCUGCUUGAUAAUCAUAAAUCUUGUUGAAAUCUAGGUUAAAUUUGGAACAAGAUUAUGUAGGUCAAAAACUAGUCACUAGGUCAUAUCAUAGAAAGACUUUGAAAACUCUCAAGAGGACACAUUUUCAUCUUAAUUGGACCUGGUCAGAAUGUUUGUCGGUUUAAAGUCAGGAUAAAUUUGUGACUAGGUCACUUAGGUCAAAAACUUGGUCAGAGAAAGUUCAUGAUGAACCUGGUGUACAUAAACCAUGGUCAAAGUGGUUGUCUCUAUUGAAAUCUAGGCCAUAUUAGAUACUACGUUAUCUGGGAUGGAAACCAGGUCAGAUGGACAGUACAGGACCUUAAUGGCCCUCAUGCAUGUUUGCCAUUUUUAUACUCCCACAAAAUGGGAGUUUUAGUGGGGGAUGUAUAGGAGGGAGCUUGUCGGUCGGUCUGUUGGUUUUCAUGGUUUCCAGACAAUAACUCAUGAAAGGCUUGACAGAUUUAAAUAAUUUUUGGUACACAGGUGUAACAUUAUAAAAUACAGGUCAAGUUUGACUUUGAGGUCAGUAUGUCAAAGGUCAAGGUCACAAUGACCUGGAACAGUUAAACAGUUUACGGACAAUAACUUGAGAACACUUGGGCCAAGGAUCAUAAAUUUUGGUUAACAGGUGUAACAUAAAAUACAGCUUAAGUUUGACUUUGAGGUCAGUAGGUCAAGGUCACAAUGACCCAGAACAGUUAAACGGUUUCCAGAUGAUAACUUGAGAAUGCUUGGACCUAGGAUCAUAAAUUUUGGUACACAGGUGUAACAUCAUAAAAUACAGGUCAAGUUUGACUUUUAGGUCAAGGGUCAAGGUCACAAUGACCCGGAACAGUUAAACGGUUUCUGGAUAAUUUGAGAAUGCUUGGGCAUAGGAUCACGAAAGUUGAUAGGAAGGAUGGUCAUGGCCAGCAGAUGACACCUAUUGAUUUUGAGGUCAAAGGUCAAGGUCACAGUGACACAGAACAGUUAGCCGUUUCCAGACGAUAACUUGAGAAUGCUUGGACCUAGUAUCACGAAACUGAAAAGGGAGGUUGAUCAUGACCAGCAGAUGACCCCUAUUGAUUGAGGUUCGACUUUGACAUUGGCUUACUUCUGUGAUGUGGCCGUAUUGUGGGAGUAUGAUUCGUCACUCCUGUGACAGCUCUAGUUUAUAAUGGUGCAGUUGCUAGAAGGAAUACUUGCUAUUUUGAGAAAUGAAAUGUAAGGAAAGGAUUAGUUGUAUUUUCAGAGCAAAUCUAGAAAUUCUCAAGUUUUAACACACUUUUUUUAACGCCAUGCACUGAAAGGAUGUUAAAAUAUGUCACAUCGCUGUAGGUUUUAGAUACAAGGUUACUUUAUACUGCCAAGAUUAAAUGUUGUGAAAGUUGAUGAUAUUUUCUGGCUUGAAAAUUAUGAUAAGUAGUUAAAAACGUAGCUUAGUGUUAUAUCUUUUGUACAUUUGUUAUAUUUUAUAAAUUUUAUCUUUGUAAAUUAUUUAAAGUUAUAAUAAAAAUAAUUUUCUUUAU